UGUCGUCGUCGCGGUGUGUCGCACGUCAGUCGUACAGCGAGACUCCGCCGCGGCACACGCGUUGGACGUGAGUGACAGUGUAGUGACUGUGAUGGUACACUAGGUACAAUGAACGGUGAGAUAGAGGAACAACACACUAUCCGCGUCGCAGCGCCCAGCGUGGAGAAGCAACCUCUGGUGAACAACAACAACAACAGCGAGUACGGCAAGUACCGGGGAGGGAUGCCGCAGAAGUCGCCGUUCGCUAUCCAGGAGCUGCUGGGGUUGUCGGAGCCCAGUGGCGGAGUACACCGUAGUCCUACCGCAGGGGUGUCCGCAAUCACUCCCCACGGUCCGCACGGCUACUUCCCGCACCACCAGAUGUCCAUGGCGGCGGUCAACGCUAGUAGGAUGGCCUACUCGUACUUCAACGCUCAGGCCGCGGUCGCCGCGUUCUUCCCGCACAACAUGAAUAUCGCGGCAGCCAUGAGUCCUGGCCCGUCGCCGACCAACAGCAACAUGCUGCAUAACAACUCCCAUGGCUUCUCUCAGCUGCAGAAAAACUCAAGUUUCGGUUCCUCAGGCCCAUGUAUGCCAAGCAUGGGUCACUUACAACAAGAUGGGAAAGAGUUUAGUUCUGACUCGGCUCUUGUUCCCUUCGGUGGCAAAAAGAAGAAGAAAAGGAGGCAUAGUUCCAGGACGAUCUUUACGAGUUACCAGCUGGAGGAGCUGGAGAAGGCGUUCAAGGAGGCGCACUACCCGGACGUCUACGCCAGGGAGAUGCUGAGCCUCAAGACGGAUCUUCCAGAAGACAGGAUACAGGUGUGGUUCCAGAACCGAAGAGCCAAGUGGCGGAAGACUGAAAAGUGCUGGGGCAGAUCCACCAUCAUGGCGGAGUACGGCCUCUACGGAGCGAUGGUCAGGCACUCACUGCCUCUGCCGGAGACCAUCCUCAAGAGUGCCAAGGAGAACGAGUGUGUCGCGCCCUGGCUACUAGGUACGGCCCAGCUAGGUAGUAUGCACCGCAAGUCUAUCGAGGCAGCGGAACAUCUGAAGGAUGACAACGAGGUGACCAGAAGUGAUAAGGAGGACGAUGACAACGACCACGGUGGACUGGAGUCUGCGUCGUCCAAGAGCGACCUCUCCGGGCCCCACACACCUCAACUGGGGCCCCACCUGACAGACAAGGGCCCUGGGCCAGAGGACCAUCUAGGGCCCCCUCACCAGCACAACCCCUCACAACAACAACAACCCAUGUCUAGAACGGACCCCGAGGAGUUCAGGAACAACAGCAUAGCCUGCCUGAGGGCAAAGGCGCAAGAGCACAGUGCCAAGCUACUCAGCCUAUCGGCAGACGCUCUGAUGUUAGUCAACAACCAGAUCAUGAGGUCGCGGCUUCAAAACCCUCUGGACGCUAACGCCAACAGUCUUCACCACCUUCCACCUCCAGAACUCGCCUCCUCGGACACCUCCAGCUCGUUGUUCUGACCAGGGGACCGUCCGGAGCCCCCCAGAAGACAGGACUAGAGCUCCGCGUCAUAGAGAGUGUGGACAUUGUCAUUACCCGGUGAAAAGUGAUAGAGACACUUGUUAGAUGUAAGACACGUGAUUGUUCCGGUGCCCAGCUUUGUUGUGUAAAGUUUUGUUUUGUUAUGUGUGGUUUUUAUAAGACUGUUUAUUUAAGAUUGAGCAUUUUAGUUUGAUUUUCGCAUAUACUUUAUCUUAUGUUACAUUUUGAAGAAGCGUUUCUGUUUUGUUUUAAAUUUGCGCUCAAUGCGGUCAUAGACAAUUGAAGAAGAAUUUCCGUUUUGAUUUUGAUUGGCGCUUGUAUAAAAUGAUGUCAAAGUUCAUUUGGAAUUACAUUUCCAGGAAGUAUUUCUUUUGUGUUUUUGAUUUUAUUUGUGUUUCUACAAUAAACUAUCGUCAUACGAAUCGUGUGCCUAGAAUUGUUUUGUCAGAAAGCAACACCAUUUUCCACAAUGAUUCAUUGCAACGAAAACAGACUUUAUCAACAAUCCGGGACAAAGAUCUCCAACUAACUCUGCGCACCGCGAGCUGAGUUAACUAAGUUAACUAAUACUUUUCUAAGUGCAAUACCUGCGGCAUAUUUGUAAUAUUUUAUCGAUAAGAUGUAUAUUAUAACUAAUGUAUAUAGACGAUCAACAGCGAAUAUAGUAUUUCAAGUGUAUUUUGUAUUCUAUUGUAAUUAAUUUUGUUAUAGAGUUUAGCUUUACUAUUCGAAUCAAAAUCAAACUUGGCGAAGGAAUAGAGAAACGAGAAUUUCACGGGUUUGGGGAAAUUGAAAUAGGAAAAUAUUGUACAAUUACAUUAACUAAUUUAGAUGUACUUCCAUCAUUGAGUAUGCCAAAUAUUUACACAUUACAAGAACUAAUACAGUUUGCAAUCACUGUAAUCAAUAAUAAAAUUUAACUGUAAGUUUCUAUGAAUUAAAAAUUAUUUUUAAUAUUCUUCUGCAAGGAAACAAUAAAAUUUAGAAACUUUUUUAGAAACUUUCAAUUUCCCAAAGGCACGCUACCAAGCUCCAUCACCCAUACCAGCUCCAAACAACAACGAAGUACGACUAUUUCACGCUAUGCCACGAUAUUUUUGUAAUUUGCGGUUUGCAACACUGUCGAUAAACAUUGUAUCAGUUAUGUUGGUGUAAGUAGAGUUCAUGUUCAGUCUGUAUCCGUUUAGAUGUGAAACAUUUCAAUAA